AUGCUCCGUGAGCAGUGCAAAGACUUCUGCCGCUGCUCCUAUUGUGAGAAGAAGCGCUCAUUCAAUGGUACGCAGCCCUUUAAUAUCACGCUCCCACACUCUAACUGCCACACCAAAGAUGAGCUUUACGUGAAAGCCCUAAAUGACACCUUGCGUGGGAAAAGCCUAAAGGCGAGCAUGAAGAAUUCGUACAAAUUUGAGCCCGAUGAAAUGCUGCUGUCAACACGGGGUAACAUGGCCCGUGCCGCUCUAACAGUACCGGUCCGCCGCCGUGACCGCCUACAGGAGCUGCUGAUACUCGAAAAUAGGGAGCGGCUGCGCACAGAGCAGGAGCUCCGUCGAGAGCGGUUGCGUUCCGGCCUCACACUUCCAGAUGAAGAUGUUCGGCUGCAUGAUCAAUCUGUGGGGACUGAUGGGCAAGAGCUUGUGGUGGAAGGCAAAUCCGCCUCUGCGGAGCAGCAGCCAGUGUGCUCGGCUGAUGAAGACUUACGGGAGGCGUUGCAAACAAUAAAGAAUGUGACAGACGGACACAAGGCGUCUGGUGGGCCUCGGCCACUUUCGGUAAGACACAUCGAGAUGUUGAGGGAACUUGUGCGGAAGCAGGACAAGAAGACGAAGAAGAUGGUCGCUGAAUGCCCCGAGGACGAACACUUAUGCGGUCACUGUUUUGCCGUGAAUGCGCAGGGUAAACAUGAGUGCCAAGUGCCUCCAGCUGAUGUACUACGUGAUUCGUUGCUUCCCAGCGUCAGGGGCAAGCAACAGCGCUUCAAUUUCAGUUCGCACCCUUACGGAUCUGGUGUCGUAUGGCUCCCACUCAACACUGCAGGGGAUCGCACGGCGUUGAAGGAGGGAGCAAGCCAAGCAAGUGGUGUCUUGAAGGACAGUUACGCGAACAGCAACGCAGGAGCUCAGGGGAAUGUUGAGGAUGUUGACGCGUUUGAUGCUCAGGAUGCCAGAAGCGACCGUACAAAUGGCAGUGGUUCUACGGGAUCCGGAGAAGCAGCAGCAGGAGAGCCUAACGCUCAGAAGGGUGGGACCCCGCCAUCCACAAACAAGGCAGAUGAGUCCGGAAAACAAACGAAGGAGGAUGAAAGUGCCGCACUCAAGAGCGGCACGGCGUUGUGGCGCACGACCAAUCAGGAGACGAGCAUGCAAAUGAACCGUUACCUUGAGUUCAAGAAGCUUCACGAUGCAGCUGCGCAGGUAUACGCAGAGAGUGCCGUUAGACGGCCUGCAAGCACCCUUCCCGCAGCAGCUAAUUAG